AUUCAAAAUCGUUUAAAAAUUCGCAACUGGUCAACACACCUUAUUAUCUUAGACCCGUCUGCUUAAUUUAUAGUAUUCGCGACGUUAACAUCACAAUCAAAGGAAAAACUGCUAAUCAAAUCGACACAGCGAGGAAGCCUUCCAUUCUCAAAUGAACAACACUUGCUUCGCAGUUAAACAAUUAGACCUCAGGAGGUUAGGCCAACCGUCCAUACUCUGUUUCUCAACUCACUUUGAAUCAAAGCAAAGCCGUUGGAUUCUUGGUCGCGAUCCCCAUCCAUUUUCCACCUUCCACUCUUUCGCCAACUGCUACGCCUCACCUUAAUCCCAUCCUUUUUUUUAUUUUAGAAUCAAGAUUCGGUUGUGCUAAAUUGCUAAUUACUACUGCGCCAAUUUUGUUUUUAAGGCCAUGGUUUUUGGAUUAGAAAGAGUACUGAGCGCCAAGUGUUUGUGUUUUUGCCUCUGAGAGACUAAUCAAUGAAUACGAGGUAUUUCUUCAGUCCGGAUUCACUAUGCACUUCUGCAAGCGGGAUAUCGAUUUCAUCGGCUCUGCCGGCAGCUGUGGAUGAGGGGAUUGGCCUGAAUUCGUGGCCAAGGCAGCCGUCGAGGAAUACGCCGCCUUUCUUGAUAAGAUUAGCGAUGAAGGUAUCGAGGUCGAGGUCGUAUAGUUUUCUGAGGAGAGUGUUUCAUUACCAGAACGGGUCGGGGUCGGACCUCGGUCCGAACCCGUUUGAUUCCAAGAGAUGGAUGCUGAUGGAGUUCGUGGCGCUGGCGGUUCAAAUCCUCGUCACGCCUUACGUUUUGGUCAUCACCAAAGACGAGAAGCCGGUUUGGCCGAUGCGAAUUUGGGUCGUCGGCUAUGCCUUCGGAUGCUUCCUUAGCCUCGUUCUUCUCCUUUAUCGCUACCGCCAUGUUUAUCUAUCUCCACGAGAUGUUGAACGAAGCAACGAUGAAUCGAGAAACUUGCAGAAAUGCAAGACGUGGCUCGAGCUGAUGUUCGCGAUAUGGUUCGUGAUGGGGAACGUGUGGGUGUUCGACACGCGCUUCGGAUCAUACCACCGCGCUCCCAAGCUCCACGUCCUCUGCAUCUCGUUCCUGGCAUGGAAGGCCGUCACCUACUCGUUCCCAUUCAUACUGUUCGUGCUGCUCUGCUGCUGCGUGCCGCUGCUCAGCACCCUCCUCGGGUACAACAUGAACUCGGCCUCCCUCAGCCGCGGAGCAACCGAGGAGCAGCUCUCCGCCCUCCCGAGCUGGAGAUACAAGGAUGUGGAGCAGGCUCAGAAUCAUGAGAUUCAAGAGUGUUGUAUAUGUUUGGCUAAGUACAAGGAAAAGGAAGAAAUAAGGCAGUUGCCAUGUACUCAUCUUUUUCACCUCAACUGUGUGGAUCAGUGGCUCAAGAUUAUCUCAUGCUGCCCUCUUUGUAAGCAGGAGAUAGACAAGUAGAAACUGCCCAAUAAUUCUUGUAUUUUUUAGGUGUUAGUACAUUAUUUUUUUUGUUGCCAAAAUAGGGGAAAAAAGGGAAGGGAGAUGCAUGUUUAUAAGUUGUGCAAACACAGAAUGUUACUAGAGUGAGUGGAGGCCAUGUAUAUUGAAGGCUCACCAGUAAUAGGUAUCAAGAUUUGCUUUGGGAAACAGUUAGAUACUUAGAAAUAUACAAAUGCUUGUUUUUUCUGUUUUUUUAAUUGUUGUGGGGAAUCAGAGGCUGUGCAGUCCACAAUUAUCGAAUGAAUGAUUUUCUUUAAUUUA